AUGGCUGUUGGAUAUUGUCGUCUCUGUCGUGGGGGUGCUGUGCCUGGGGGUGCUACGCCUGGGGGUGCUGUGCCUGGGAGUGCUACACCUGGGGGUGCUGAGCCUGGGGGUGCUGUGCCUGGGGGUGCUGAGCCUGGGGGUGCUGAGCCUGGGGGUGCUGAGCUUGGAGGUGCUACGCCUGGAGGUUCUCCGGUUGCUUCGUCUCUGCGGGAGCCACUCUCUCCACAGGAGCUACGCGAGUGGUUUGCCCGGCACUGGAGCCGUGCUGCUGGUGCUGGAGGUUCUUCGGCUACUGAGGGUGCUGCUAUCGCGGGUCCCGGAGGUGCUCGUACUGGGAGUACUGGAGCUGCUGGGCCUGCGGGUUCGACUGGAGCUGGUGCUGCUGAGGGUGUUGGCGCUGAGACUACCGCUGGCGGUCCUGCUGGGGGUACUCCUGGUGCUGCUGGAGGUUCUGGAGCUACUGGAGGUGCUGCUGGAGCGGGUGCUCCUACUGGGGGUACUGGUGUUGUCCCUGUUGUGUCUGGCGUCGCCACGCGGCCUCGACCGUACUUUGUUCCACUCCUGCAGCUGGUUCUUGGUCUUCCUCCUUCUACUGGUCCUCCUCCUCCCUUAGAGUGUCCACAGCCUGUCCCGUCACAGUUACAGUUGCAGCCUACCUCUCCUUUGCCUGCUCCUUCUCCCUACACAGGUCCUACUGGAGGUCUUGCUGAGCGUCGUGAGCCUGCGUCUCGCCCUACGUCGCCUGUCCGUCCUGCUCGCGCUAGUGGUCGUGGUUCGCGUCAGCGUCCUCCUCCUGUCCCUGGCACGCACCGGAUGUCUCUGCGUCCGUCCACUGCUCCUCUGCGUGCACCUUUGCCUUCUCCUCCUGAGUCCUCUCUUCCUGCUCUUGCCGACCCAGAGUCGGACUCUCUUCGUGCUACCAGUCCUACUGUCACGCGUCUCCAGGCUACUGUCGUCACUGACCCUUCUUUCGAGUCCACUGCUGAGUCUGCCUUGGUUGCUGAGCUCGUCGACUUUGCUGCGCACUGUCGUCUAGACUACGCUGCUGGUCUUGUCGCUGAGUCUGAGUCUGUCUGUCCUCCGUCCGUCGGGGGUGAGUGUGCCCUUGGCACGGACGUCCUUGAGGACAGGCAGGAGGAGUUUCAGUGUCUGGCCGCCGCUUCACCUCAUCUCGCGUCUGUACUGCUAGCCCCUGAGGGAGACCCGGAUGCAGUAGACAUCCCGACUCCGCGCUCUUACGCGGAGGCGAUAGAGGGUCCCUACUCCUCUCAGUGGCAAGCAGCUAUGGAUGCAGAGAUGGCUUCCUGGAAGUCCACAGGCACCUACGUUGACGCUGUUCCCCCUCCUGGGGCGAACAUCGUCAGUGGCAUGUGGAUUUUCAGGGUGAAGCGGCCGCCGGGUUCUCCGCCUGUCUUCAAGGCGCGGUACGUGGCUCGUCGUUUCAGUCAGCGGCAGGGAGCUGACUACUUUCAGACCUUCUCGCCCACCCCGAACAUGACCACUCUUCGGGUACUGCUGCACGUUGCUGCUCACCGUGACUACGAGCUGCACUCUCUCGACUUUAGCACAGCUUUCUUGCAGGGCAGCCUACACGAGGAGAUCUGGCUGCGCCGCCCACCUGGCUUCACUGGGUCGUUCCCUCCUGGUACCCAGUGGAGCUUCCGGCGUCCAGUUUACGGUCUCCGCCAGGCGCCACGUGAGUGGCACGACACACUGAGGACUACACUUGUGGCUCUUGGGUUUGCUCCUUCUACUACCGACCCGUCGCUGUUUCUACGCACCGACACCUCUCUGCCGCCGUUCUACAUCCUCGUGUACAUCGACGACCUUGUCUUUGCCACAGGUGACACUACUGGACUCGCCUACAUGAAGUCCGAGCUGCAGAAGAGACACACGUGCACAGACCUCGGUGAACUGCGCAGCUACCUUGGCUUGCAGAUCACCCGGGACAGAGCACGCCGCACCAUUACCCUGACUCAGUCACUCAUGGUGCAGCAAGUCCUUCAGCGCUUCGGCUUCACGUACUCCUCGCCUCAGGCCACUCCUCUGCCUACUCGCCACUCGCUCUCAGCUCUGCCUUCGGAUGAGUCCGUAGAGUCGAGUGGCUCGUAUCCAGAGCUUGUUGGCUGCCUCAUGUACCUGACGACCUGCACACGACCUGACCUUGCAUACCCUCUUAGCAUUCUCGCACGCUAUGUUGCUCCUAGGAGACACCGACCAGAGCACAUGGCUGCAGCGAAAAGGGUGUUGUGCUACUUGUGCAGUACGUCGGGCAUGGGGCUAGUGCUUGGAGGGCGCAGUCCAGUGGUCCUCACUGGGCACGCAGACGCUUCUUGGGCUGACGACCAGGCUACGCAGCGGUCGUCACAGGGUUACACCUUCAGCCUUGGUUCCGGCUCUGUCUCGUUGCGGGCUACUUGCUCGUCUUCUGUUCUCGGCUCCAGUUGUGAAGCUGAGAUCUACGCUGGGGCCAUGGCUGCACAGGAGCUUCGCUGGCUCACCUACUUGCUGACUCACCUCGGAGAGCCGCCUCGUUCUCCUCCAGUGCUGUACGUAGACAAUAAGGCCAUGCUGGCCUUGUGUCGCGAGCAGCGACUGGAGCACAGAACAAAGCACAUUGCUCUCCGCUACUUCCUUGCUCGUGAGCUACAGCAGCGUGGACAGUUGCGGCUUGCGUACGUGGCCUCUGAGGCCAACACUGCUGAUGUUUUCACCAAGGCACUUCCGCCUUGUGAUCAUCAGCGCUUCUGCACUCAGUUGGGUCUUGUCCCUGUCUUGCCUCACUUGCUCACCUCUUGA